AUGUAUGAUGCAUUUAUGUCCGAGUACGAGUUGCUCGGACAUAUGACUCAAUUCAAGCCAUCAGACACUGACCCAACAGGUUACUACAUUCCACAUCAUGGUGUACUACGGGAACAGAGUACCACCACAAAACUGCGCGUUGUUUUCAAUGCAAGUUGUCCCACAUCGUCUGGAAUUUCAUCCAAUGACAUACAAAUGGUCGGUCCGACAAUUCAGGAUGACCUUCUGGCCAUUCUUUUGCGGUUUAGGCAGUAUAAGUAUGUCUUAUCGGGAGAUGUUCAGAUGAUGUACAGGUGCGUGGAUGUUCAUCCAUCUGAUAGACACUUACAGCAGAUUUUGUGGCGAGAUAAUUCAUCACAAGUACAAGUUUAUAAAUUAAAUACGGUGACUUAUGGCACUGCUAGUGCUCCGUUUUUAGCCACCCGCUGCCUUUAUCAAUUAGGUCUUGAUUGCAAGGACGACAAGAUUGCUGAUGUCAUCAAACAUGACUUUUAUGUAGAUGACCUGUUAACUGGAGGGGAUGACUUAAAUACAGUCAGCCACAUCCGCCAAGAAGUCACAAAGGCACUUUCGUCAGCUUGCAUGGUACUUCGCAAAUGGAAGUCAAAUGCACCUCAAUUGUUGUCUGAUAUUUCAGAGUCAUCGCUUGAUUUGAAUAUUGGCUCUCCUGAGCCAACCAAACUAUUAGGUUUAGGGUGGCAUGCCAGUUCAGAUGAACUGAUGUUCUUAGUCGACUCAACCAUCUCUCACACUAAUAGCACUAAGCGUGAUUUGCUUUCUGUCAUUGCAAAGAUCUUUGACUCUUUAGGUUUGUUGUCACCUUUAGUGAUCACAAUGAAAAUGUUACUGCAGCGAAUGUGGCUUGAUAAAUUGUCGUGGGAUGAGCCAUUAUCUCCAGAAUUAAGUGCACCGUGGCAAGCUAUUGUGAGAAAAUUGCCACUUAUUAAUGACUUUCGUUUUCCACGUAUCGUCGUCUGUGAGUCAUACACACAUUUAGAACUACACAUCUUCACAGAUGCCUCUGAACGUGCCUAUGGCGCUUGUGCCUAUGUUCGUAGUGCAAACGAUGAAGGCAAGUGUAUGGUCAGGUUACUCAUGGCCAAGAGCAGAGUGGCACCUAUCAAACCAACUACGAUUCCGAGAUUGGAGUUGUGUGGCGCUGUAGUCGGUACUCAUCUAUACGAGAAGAUAUCGAAAUCACUAAGGGUUAGGUUUAGCCGUGUGUUUUGUUGGACCGAUUCCACAAUCGUGUUGGGAUGGUUGCAGAUGUUGCCUUCAAGGCUUCAGCCCUUCGUGCGCAACCGCGUCGCUGAAGUUUUAGAGCAGGCAGACCCAGCAGAUUGCACGCCGCUGACUCCUGGUCAUUUCCUCAUCGGUCGCCCGCUCACUUCCCUGCCUCAACCGAAUUUAGAAGAGCACUCCACUACCAACUUGACUCGCUACCAGCGGAUUGAACAACUCCGCCAGCACUUCUGGACUAGAUGGAGUAAGGAGUUCAUCGCAGAACUGCAGCAACGCAUCAAGUGGCAUUCCAGUAAGGAUAGUUUGAAGUUGGAUACCUUGGUAGUAAUCAAGGAGGAAAAUCUUCCGCCUUUAAAGUGGAGAUUGGGCAGGAUCGUGGCCAUACAUCCGGGAACCGACGGAAUAGCUCAUGUCGCUGACGUCAAGACCUCAAAUGGUAUCAUCCGAAGGGCUUUCUCCAAGAUAUGUCCAUUGCCGGUGACUACAGAGUCUGGUUGA